AGACCUUGUUUUUUAGUCGGGAAUACAAGUACCACUCGUUUUUCGCUAUUCUAUGCUUUUCUAUGCCCGCUUCCCUCUUAUUUUAAACUUUCCCGGAAAAUCAAUGGGAAAGCGGGCAGAUGGCUUUCUCAUAAGUCUCUCUCAAGCCAGAGAGAUAUAGCCCCCUUUGCAUUUGUUCUGUUUUUGAUUGAUUAUCCAAAAAAAAAAAAAAAAGAAAAAAAGGAGGAAAGAGUAGAGUUGUUGUACGGGUGUGCUUGUUAACAUGCCAAAGGAUGAUGACGGAAAACGCUUAUGGGGAUUUGGAUCCUUAAUUAGGAGGAAGCAAGUCGAUUCGGUUCAUACAAGGCGUGAGAAUCAUCAUCAAUUAGCCAAGACACUCUCUGUUUUUGAUCUCAUUGCUAUUGGCGUUGGAUCAACCAUUGGAGCUGGAGUCUAUAUUCUUGUUGGAACAGUUGCUAGAGAAUACGCAGGACCUGCUCUUACCAUUUGUUUCCUAAUAGCUGGAAUAGCAGCUGCACUUUCAGCAUUUUGUUAUGCGGAGCUUGCAUGUCGUUGUCCAUCUGCUGGGAGUGCAUAUCAUUAUUCAUACAUAUGUAUUGGAGAAGGUGUCGCUUGGUUGAUUGGUUGGGCUCUGAUACUGGAAUAUACAGUUGGUGGGUCAGCCGUUGCUCGUGGCGUCUCUCCAAAUGUGGCCCUGUUCUUUGGAGGGGAGGAUAAGCUGCCUGUUUUCAUUGCCCGUCAGACAAUUAUGGGUAUUGUGGUUGACCCAUGUGCUGCAAUUAUGAUGUUUAUUGUAACUGGGAUUCUGUGCACCGGAAUCAAGGAGAGUUCACUUGCCCAAGGCAUUGUUACAACCAUGAAUGUUUGUGCCAUGAUUUUCGUCAUAAUAGCUGGUGGAUAUCUUGGUUUUAAGACUGGAUGGGUUGGAUAUGAACUUCCAAGCGGGGUCUGUCCUUUCGGAGUAAGUGGAAUGCUUGCUGGGUCUGCUACAGUGUUCUUUUCAUAUAUUGGUUUUGAUUCAAUUACCGGUGCAGCUGAAGAGGUGAAAAAUCCUCAGCGAGAUUUGCCACUUGGCAUAGGGAUUUCGUUGUUUAUGUGUUGCUGUUUGUAUAUGCUUGUAUCUGCUGUUAUUGUUGGCUUAGUACCAUAUUAUGAAUUGGAUCCAGACACCCCAAUCUCCUCAGCUUUUGCUAACUAUGGAAUGGAAUGGGCAAUGUAUAUAAUAACAACUGGAGCAGUUACUGCUCUUGGUGCAUCUUUGAUUGGUGGAGUUCUUCCUCAGCCACGAAUUCUGAUGGCAAUGGCUAGAGAUGGAUUGUUGCCGUCAUUCUUCUCAGAAAUUAAUGAACGCACGCAAGUUCCGGUGAAGAGCACAAUAGUGACUGGUAUCUUUGCUGCAACCUUGGCAUUCUUUAUGGAUGUUUCACAAUUGGCUGGGAUGGUUAGUGUGGGUACGUUGCUUGCAUUUACAGCUGUUGCAAUUUCACUCUUGGUACUCAGAUAUGUUCCACCAAAUAAGGUGCCACUUCCACCAUCACUUCAGGAAUCAAUUUAUUUAGUGUCUUUGCGAUACAGUGGCGGAAAUCAGGAUAUUGACGGGCAACACUCUGAACAUCCUGUUAAAUCCUGGGAUGGAAAUGGUCAACAUUCACUUGAUAACGGAGAGACCUUAGUUAAAUGUCCUCUUAUUCAGAAAGAAGUAGCUCAAGGUGAACUAAAUGAAGAAUGGAGGCACAAAAUUGCUGCUUGGAACAUAGCUCUUGUUUGUAUAGGUGUUCUUGCCCUUGCAUCUGCUGCUUCGGCUGAAGAACUCCCCAGUAUUCCUCGCUUCACAUUGUGCGGAGUGGGUGGCGUGCUACUGUUAUGUGGUUUGAUUGUGCUCACCUGUAUAGAUCAAGAUGACGCAAGGCACAACUUUGGACACACUGGAGGUUUCGUUUGCCCAUUUGUUCCGCUUUUACCUGUUGCCUGCAUUCUCAUAAACACGUACUUGCUAAUAAAUCUUGGAGCUGGCACAUGGAUCCGUGUUUCGGUAUGGCUGGUAGCAGGAGCAUUACUGUAUGCAUUUUAUGGCCGGAAGCACAGUGCACUGUUAAAUGCAAUUUAUGUGCCAACAAGCCAUGUGGAUGAGAUUUAUCGCAGUGCAUCACGUCAGAUUUAGUAUUUACACAAGGGGACUUCCCAACAAAUGUGAAUAUUCAAAGGACCAAAGAGAUGGGGGACUUUCCAACAAAUGUGAAUAUUCAAAGGACCAAAAGAGAAAAAAAAUGUCUUUAUGUAAGUGCAAAGAUAGGAAAGCCUGAUUACUGUGGAAAUUACUCAAAUGGCUCUUUAUUACUGUGAUUUUUCAGUGCGCUGACAAUAUACUUUCUUCAAAAUGAAUGGAGGCGGCAGUAGUAUGCUUUACUUUUUCAAUUUUAUUUAUUUAUUCCGUUUUCUCUUUUUAUUGAUGUCACUGUAUAGAAGCUAGGCUGGCUUGGCUUUAUUCAUUUCUAUUUUGAUAAUAGCAUUCCGUCCAGAAUUAUUUUAUAAGGAUUACAAUGAUGUAAUAACAUAGUUUUAUUUUA